AUGGAGAACUAUUACAACCUGCAAGCUCUAAUGAUCUGUUUGGCUUUUCUUGUUAGCUGCUUGUGUCUCAAAGUCUAUCACUUCAUCUGGUGGAGACCCAAAAGGCUCGAGAGUAGCUUAAACCAACAAGGAAUUAGAGGCACACCAUACAAGCCCUUGAUGGGGGACAUGAAAGAGUACAUUAAGCUUGUAACUCGAGCAUGGUCCAAACCGGUUAGUCUCUCCCAUCACAUCGUGCAAAGAGUGGAUCCAUUCACACACAUGGUCGUUCAAAAAUACGGAAAAAUAUCGUUCUAUUGGAGUGGGACACAACCGAGACUUACUAUUAUGGACCCAAAAUUGAUAAAAGAAGUGCUUACCAACAAAUAUGGGCACAUUCAAAAGCCUACACUAAACUCCCUUAUUCUCAUACUCACUAAAGGACUCACAACACUGCAAGGUGAAGAAUGGGCCGCGCGGCGGAGAAUAAUCGGCCCUGCUUUCCACUCGGACAAGAUUAAGGGGAUGAUACCACUAUUUGUGGAAAGCUCGGUUAUUUUGAUUGAGAAGUGGAAAAAAUCGAUGACUGAAGGAGAGAGUUUGGAAGUUGAUGUGUGGCCCGAUUUUCAGGAGUUAACGGGGGAGAUUAUUUCGAGGGCAGCAUUCGGAAGUAACUAUGAAGAAGGAAAGGAAAUUUUCAAACUUCAGAAAGAGCUGCAAAUGCUGGUCAUCGAAACCAUGCAAACCUUGUACAUUCCAGGAUUAAGAUUUAUUCCCACAAAGAAAAACCGGAGGAGAAAGGAAUUGGACCGUAAAAUAACCUCGAUGCUGAGGAAGUUGGUCGAGACCAAGGCAAAAGCUAUGUCCGAUAAAGGUUCAAACAACGACAACUUGCUAAGCCUGCUACUCAAAUCGAACGAUGAAAACAAUCCACAAGGCCCUAAUAACAGCAAACAACAUACGAGAUUGAGCAUAGAUGACAUUGUUGAAGAAUGCAAACAAUUUUACCUAGCUGGCCACGAGACAACCUCGUCCUUGCUGACGUGGACUGUAGUCGUCUUAGCCAUGCAUCCCGACUGGCAGCAAAAGGCGAGAGACGAAGUUCUUCAGCUAUGUGGGGAUAAAGAUCCUGAUGCUGAAGCCAUAAGCCACCUCAAAGUUGUGAACAUGAUCCUAAACGAGGUCUUGCGAUUGUAUCCACCGGUGAUUGCAUUAUACCAACACGCGCACGAGAACACGAAAAUCGGGAACUUUGCCAUCCCAGCUGGCAUAGAUCUUCUACUCCCGAUAAUGCUCGUCAAUCGAGACCCGGGCCUGUGGGGCCACGAAGCCGAGGAGUUCAAGCCCGAGAGGUUUGCCAGAGGCCAGCUGGCGGGGUUCAUGCCGUUCGGGUGGGGCCCACGGACGUGUGUCGGGCAGAAUUUUGCGAUGGUGGAGGCUAAGGUUGCGCUGGCCGUGAUGCUGAAGCAGUUCUCGUUCGAGGUGUCGGCAUCGUACGCGCAUGCGCCCUACACUGUGAUGACGCCCCAGCCGCAGCAUGGAGCUCAGAUUGUACUGCGGGAUUGCUUUAGUUAG